AUGGCGCCCGAAGCGGACCGGCGCAUGUCUUCCCGCGAGGGAACCGACGCCCGUUCAUCCGCAAAGAGAAAGAAGCGCAUCGGUGAAGAAGGCGACGCGUGCACAACGGAAGCAUCUCGUCCGCCUCGCAAAGAGGCGAGCGCCGUCGAGGAGAAGCCUCUCAAAAAGCGAAGGCACGCGAAUGAGACUGCUGAGGAGGCGAGUCCCGAUGCGGCCUCUGUUGCCGCGUCUGCGUCAUCUUCCGCGGCUGCGGCCAAGAAGCGUUCGAGAGGCGAGUCUUCGGACGCGUCCUCUUCGCCGUCGCACAAAGGUGCAAAGGACGAAAAGAAGGCCAAGCAGCUUGGCAGCGCGUCCACAGACGACGCUCUCCCGGCGUCUGAAGCAGGUCUGCUGUCGAACUACAACUUGUCGAAGCAGUCGCUGAAGUCGCUGCAGAGACGGAACAUCACCCACCUUCUUCCUGUGCAGCAGGCUGCGUACAAAGACGUUUUUGCGGGGCACGACUUCAUCGGGCGAGCCCGCACCGGGACGGGGAAAACCAUUGCGUUUGCGCUGCCCCUCGUCGAGCGCGUGUGCGCGUCAGUCGGCGACGCCGGCCUGAAGAGGCGGGAGAAGCCGCGGAUCGUCGCACUCCUCCCGACUCGCGAACUGGCGCAGCAGGUCCACGAGGAGUUCGACACCCUCCUGGGCGGGCGCCUCGCGUCAGUCUGCCUGUACGGCGGAGCCGCGGAGUAUCCGCAGCUGCAGAAGCUGCGCAGCGGCGUCUCCGUCGUGGUCGCGUGUCCAGGCCGCUUCAAAGAUUUCAUGGAUCGCGGCGAGAUCGGCGGGAAGCAGCUUGAGGCCGUCGUGCUCGACGAGGCGGACCGGAUGCUCGAGAUGGGGUUCCGCGAAGACGUCGAGGAGAUCCUGCAGUGGACGAAGAAGGAAAGAGAAGCGGACUCGGACGACGUGCCUCCGCUCCAGAUGCUCCUCUUCACUGCGACGCUGCCCCAGUGGGCGCUGACGCUCGCGGACCGUUUCAUGCGGAAAGACCGCGUGGUAGUGGAUGUUGUGAAGCUGCAGGAGAAAGCCAGUGCGGCGUCUUCGUCGUCUCCGGCCGACGCGAAGAAAGGCACGAUUGAGCACCUGGUCCUCUUCUGCGCCUGGCAGUCUCGCGCGCACGUCCUCGGUGACUUGCUGUCGCUGUACACGCCCCCAGGGCGGGCUUCCUCGGUCAUCAUCUUUGCGGAGACGAAGCAGGAAGUGAACUCGAUCGCCGUGGCUUCCAACAUCCGCCACUUGUGUGCUCCUCUGCACGGCGACAUUCCGCAGAACCAGCGGGAAGCGACGCUGAACGCCUUCAAAAAAGGAAAGUUCGCGUGUCUCGUGGCCACGGACGUCGCGGCGCGCGGUUUGCACGUGGACGACUUGUCCCUGGUGAUUCAGAUCUCGCCACCGAGGGACGUCGACACGUACAUCCACCGGGCGGGCCGAACCGGCCGCGCAGGCCGAACAGGCGUUUGCAUCACUCUCGCGAAGCUUUCGGACGUCCAGUUCCUUAGGCGGAUCGAACGCGACGGCGGCUUUCUCUUUCGGCGGGUCGGAACGCCUCAGCCGCGCGCUGUCCGGCGGCAACUGCUGCUCCAGCACAUCGACAAGUUGCAGGGUGACAGCGAGGAGGUGACGACACGUGGAGACAAAGAGACGGAGCGCGAACUCAAGAAGGCCGUCAGGAAACUGCUCGAGACCGUGCCGCCCGAGAGGGCUCUUCUGCGCUGCCUCGGGGAAUUGAUGCGCGUCACCGAGCAGAACAAAGGCAACACAGGCAGCGAGACGCGCGGCGAGAAGGACGAGGAGAGCGCGAACAAGAAAAGCGCCUCGCAAGGCCCGAUUCUCUCCUGUCUCAACGGCCGCGACGGGUUCAAGACGUUCCACAUGCAAAUGAAGCGCAUGCACGAGCCGCUGCGAGGCUGCGGCUACCUGUGGAGGGCGCUGAAGGACGCGUUCCACGGACGCGAGGAGCACGAACUUAUUGAAAAGAUCCAGUGCAUGACGCUCUGCGAGGACGCGAAGGGCGCCGUCUUCGACAUCCAAGAAGACGAUCUGCCUGGCUUCGCUGCGAAGAUCUUAAAGCCGCUCCAGGCUGCCAAGGGGACGAAGAAGGAGGCCAGCGACGAAGAGGAGGCGCCUGGCAACAGGAGGCGGGCUCCGUCCAGCUUCGCCUUCACCAUUGAAGAAGUCGAAGAGCUACCGCCUUUGCAAGACGCCCUAGCGGCCCUCAGAGCCGGCGGAGACGAGAAAGGAAACGGAAGCCUCGACAGCAGCCGGAAUCCAAAUCAUGUCUCGGGAAGACGAGGCAGAGACGGAGACCGGGGACGAGGCGGAGACAGGGGACGAGGCGGAGACAGGGGACGAGGCGGAGACAGGGGACGAGGAGUCGCGAGAGGACGGGGCGGGGUGGGAGACAGCGGAAGAGGAAGAGGAGGGUUUUCCAGUGGCCGAGGCGGGGGAGGCGACAGAGGCGGAAGAGGCGGCGUCAGUCGAGGAGGCGCGGGCGGGUUCGCAGGCCGAGGGCGAUUGUGA